CUGCCUUUUUUCCAGAAACCAGGGAGGGAGGGAGAGAGAAGAGAGAGACAGAGGAAGAGCAUCAAACAAACAAAAAAAAAAAAAACAGGAGAGAAAAUUUAUUCCGAGGGAAAACGCGAGAAAAUUUCUCAGGUCCCUGCGAAAAUUUACAGCGAAUCGCUGGAAACGGAAAAGCCAAAGGGUUUUAGACCUCUUUUAUCUCUGGAAAAUUCGAAAUUUUCGUCUACAAAACGUGAAUGUACCUUUAAUCUUUGGCUUUUUGUUUUUACGUCGACCAGAGAUUUUUGAAGCUUGGAGAGAUAGAUAGAUAGAUAGAUAGAUAGAUAUAGAGAGAAAUAGAAACGUUCGUGAAAAAUUUGUGUGUGUUUGGAUCGAUGGUGUGGAAACACCAUCUGAUUGGGUUCGCAGGGAUUUUUUCUAAUGUUUCUCCCGUUGGAAAUCAUCUUCAUUCGGGAUCGAAUCUAGGAAUAUUUGACCUAAUUCGGCCGUGAUAAUGGCUGCUUCAGCAAAGGUAGCUGUUGGGUCGCAUGUCUGGGUGGAAGAUACUGAUGAAGCCUGGAUUGAUGGAGAAGUAGUGGAAUCUGACGGUGAAGAGAUCAAAGUCAAUUGCCAAUCCAAGAUGGUUGUGGCAAAGGUUAAUUCUGUCUAUCCCAAGGAUCCUGAGUUUCCUGAACUUGGUGUGGACGACAUGACAAAGCUUGCGUAUUUGCAUGAACCAGGGUUUCUUCUCAAUCUUAAAUCCAGAUUCAAUGCUAAUGAAAUUUAUACAUACACCGGGAAUAUAUUGAUCGCUGUUAACCCCUUUAAAAGAUUACCCCACCUAUAUGGAAAUGACAUAAUGGAACAGUAUAAGGGCACAGAUUUUGGCGAGCUAAGCCCCCAUCCUUUUGCAGUUGCUGAUUCUGCAUAUAGAAAAAUGAUCAAUGAGGGAGUAAGCCAGGCGAUCUUGGUGAGUGGAGAAAGCGGUGCUGGGAAGACAGAGAGCACAAAGAUGCUCAUGCAAUAUCUUGCAUACAUGGGUGGAAAAGCUGAGAGUGAAGGACGAUCUGUAGAACAGCAAGUUUUGGAGUCAAAUCCAGUUUUAGAAGCUUUUGGUAAUGCAAAAACCGUCAGAAACAAUAAUUCAAGGUGGAUCUCUUGA